UCAUCCUUAAAAAGAGCAACCCCACCUCCACCAUGCUGACACCUGACUGAAGUCAUUUGAAUUUUUUUUUCUCCACACGUUCCUUGUGACCCUGUCGACUCUUUGCAACACAACACCUUGACCCUUGACCUUACGGUGAUCACACCUCAAUACCUCAGCUGCUGCGAGUGCGCUGCUUCCCUCUCGAAGGCAUUUUGUUAAAUCUCUUUUUUGGCUCAUUUUGUCUAAAGGUGUAUUAGCCAGGUUAGCUCUGACCUGGUUCAGAUGCAGCGGGUGAGCGAGGCCUUCAGCCUGGAUGAUGACAUGGUGGAUGGAGACCUGGGCGAUGGGAUGAGCUUCUGUGGCCUCCCAGAGUCUCCAGUGGUGCGAGCAGGUGUGCUGCACUGCAGCUCCCAGGCAGGAGAGAUGACCUGGAGACUGAAGACACAGCAGAGAGUCAGCUGGAGGCUUCCACGCUGCGCUUCUCUGAACGACCUGUCCAAAGAUGAGCUGAAAGACAGACUGCAGGAAGCGAGUGAGGUGAUCGACGUGCUGUGCUGUGAACUGGAAGUGGCACAUCGUUACCUGGAGGGAAAAUAUCAGGCUCUGAAGAUCUUACAGGGAAAGGCCAUUCUCGACAAAGCCACGAGUCACACUAAAAGUCUGCUGCAGAAAAGUGACGAGAGGGCCAAAGCUCUGGAGAAGGAGGUGAACAGUUUGCAGUGGGAGCUCAGCUUCAGUCAGGUCCAAAUGAAGAAGGCUGAACAAUCCUGGGAGCAGAAAUAUAACCGAAUGGUGAGUGAGAACCAGAGUGUGACUGAGAGCCUGCAGGAACGAGAGAGCGAGAUCCAGCUGCUGCGAACAGAAAACUCUGAUCUAAGUCGCCAGUGUUUGGAGCUUCUCUCCAUGUUCAGUGUGAGGGAGCAGAGGGUUUACACUGGAACCAAACCUCAGUGCAGCGCAGAGAGACACGCAGGUGUCCUGGAGCUGGCCGUGUUGGGAGCCUGUCGCUGUCCUGGAGUCGUGGAAGCGUGCACCUGCAGUCGCACAGCUGCUGCCAGCAGGAAGCAGCUCAUCCAGCUGCAACAGGAGCUCGAUGCUCAGCGUGAGAGGCGAGAGGAGGCGUGGAUGGUUGCAGACGCUUUUCGCAUCGCCUUUGAACAGCAGCUGAGGAAACGCAGUGAUCACUUCCUGCUGCUGGCGGAGAACAACAUCCUGAAAUCACACCAGUGCAAAGCUGAAGGCGUUAAGAGUCCUUUAAUAGACGUAAGGAAGAGGUUGAGAGGAUUGCUGCCUCCUGGUUUGGAGCUGAAGAUGACUGAUGAGCUCUUGGACUCUCUCUACAAACUGCUGGACCUGCUGAAUGAUAAGGAGGAGGCGCUGGCCCACCAGAGGAAGGUGAGCAUCAUGUUAGCGCACAGUGCAGAGGAACUGCAGAGACAGUUACACCUGGACUCACAGUGUCAGAGCGCCGGGGCUUUAGAGUCCAACGCUCACGAUCCACCAGGGACUCACAGUCAGUCUGAGCAAACAGCUGCUGCGUCACAAGCCCAGCGUCAGCCACAACUGUCACCGUGUGUGACUGAUCCACCGUCAGCCCCGUCACACACCGACAACCAGCUCCUGUGUCACAGCAGCCACUAGUCUGAAAUCCAGAGUCCUGAACCAGCACAGGAUCCACCAGACAUGGUCGUCAUGUCUCAGCUCCGGACGCAGCAGGUGUUGUUUGAGUGUCUCAGACUGAUGUGUGACGUCACAUGUGGUGCUUGUAUUCAUUCAUUCCCAUUCACACAGUGCAUUGCAGAGGUAAGGAGCAGCAUGGGGUUAAGUGUGUCGCAUCAUGAGUCAUCUCAUGUGGCCCUGAGUUACAAACACGCUUACUGUUGUCGUUAAUUGUAAUUCUUUCAUAUUUGUUUCACAGUAAAUCAUUAAAAUGAACCGUAGACAUGUUGCCACGCUGUAAUGUGCUUUCCAAGAGGCUUAUUUUUAAAUGCCACUAGGGGGCGCCUGUGUCAUCCCAGUCACUCUAUUAUUUAUUUAUAUAUAUGUAUAUACAUACAUGUGUAUAUAUAUAUAUAUACAUGUAUAUAUGUAUAUACAUAUAUAUAUAUAUAAUGAUGUUAUUAUAGUGAUUUCACUUUUUUUUUAAACAAUCACAGUAAUAUCAUAAAUAUAUCGUGACAUGAAAGUUCAUAUCUAUCAUUUUAUCAAUAGCAGUUACACUUUCUUCUAUUGCCCCCUUGACCAAAGCUCCGCCCUCAAAACACUGAAAGUAUUUUUUGUAAAAAGAUUUUGGUCAUGUAAUGUAAUGUUUUUUUUGUAAAAUUAGUUCAUCAGUUUCCUCUGUAUUUGUAAGGAUUUUGUCGUUGUGCACGUCUUUGGACCAAAUGAAGUUAAAAUAAGAGUUUUAAUCUUGUAUGUGUUGCAUUAAAGCACAACAUUAUGUAA